AUGAAAGUUAUUAGCUUUAUUUUGUUCUUCCUCAUUGCAUGCCUUCCACUAUCACAAGCUAUUAGAUCCAAUCCCAGUGAAGAUCUUGGUGGUGUCCAGGGACUGUUUAUCUUUGGAGAUUCAGCUCUAGAUGCUGGGCAAAACACUUACAUUCCAGGCUCUAGGAUUAUGAGUGCUGUUCCACCAUAUGGGAAAUCAUACUUUGACAAGCCAACAGGUCGCUGGACAGAUGGCCGCACAAUAGGGGAUUUUCUUGCUCAGGCCCUUGGGCUUCCGUUGCUUCCGCCGUACCUCCGACCUGGAGCCAACUUUAGCAGCGGCGUCAACUUUGCAUCUGCUGGAGCAGGCUUGUUGGAUGAAACAAAUGCUCAUCAGCUGCAUCAAUUCCGUAAUGUCAUAGAUGGCUACAAAAGGGUCAAAGGAGCAGACUCUACCACUCAAUUCUUGAAGAGCUCAAUAGCUAUGUUCAGCAUCGGAGCAAAUGAUAUAGCUAAUAAUGCACCUGGAAACUCGCUUCUUUUUCAAGAGAUGUUAGAAACCUACUCUAAUGCCAUCCAGAAUCUUGCUAUUAAAAUUCACAAUGACUACCGCGACUUGAACAUUGUGACGUUGAACCCAACAACUGUUGUCUUGACUAUCUUGAGCAACCCUGAUAAAUAUGGUUUUAAAGAAGCAGAGAAAGCAUGUUGUGGUGGUGGUCCAUUUAACGCAGCAGAGUUUUGUGCUGAUGUUGAUAAACAUGAUUGGAAGCCAAAUCACAAGAACAAGUACCAACAAUCUGUAUGUAGCAAUCCAAAGGACUACCUAUACUUUGACAGCAAUCACUUCACUGAAGCUGGUACUUGGAUGAUGUUGAAAAACUUCUGGUAUGGAUCUUAUGCUGUAGCAAAGCCUAGUAAUCUUAGUUUCUUCCUCUCUAGAUUUACAAUCCCAAAUCCACCACCAAAGCCUUAG